GCAACGUACUCGGAGAGUUAGAAGAAAUCAACAAUGCCUCGCUACGGUGAUAAAUAUGAUAACACCCGCCUCUAUGUGGGUCGGUUGUCUUCAAGGACACGUUCUCGUGAUCUGGAGCGAGUCUUCAGCAGAUAUGGAAGGUUUCUGGGGGUUUUGGCUAAUCCUUGGAGGUCUGUGGUGGGAGGGUGGCCUUGGUGGAAUUGGUGGAAAUUCCUGCCUGAGUGUUGACUUUGGCGAUUCUUUCUGUAAUGUUAUUGCGUGUUUUUAUGGAAAUGGCAACAAUCACAAACUGGUGUUUAGUUCGUUUUUGAGGGCCGAAGUAUCAUGCACUUCCCGUAGUUAAGUAAUGAUGGCCUUACUGUUUCUGGAAACCAUUUACGCAGAGUUCGAGAUGUGGAUAUGAAGCAUGAUUUCGCCUUUGUUGAAUUUAGCGAUCCUCGAGAUGCUGAUGAUGCAAGAUAUAACUUGGAUGGUCGUGACGUUGAUGGAAGUCGCAUUGCUGUGGAAUUUGCAAAAGGGGUUCCUCGUGGUUCCCGGGAAUAUAUGGGUCGGGGUCCUCCUCCUGGAUCUGGACGCUGCUUUAACUGUGGCAUUGAUGGCCAUUGGGCUCGAGAUUGUAAAGCUGGGGAUUGGAAGAACAAGUGUUACCGCUGUGGGGAGAGAGGUCAUAUAGAAAGGAAUUGCAAGAACAGUCCCAAAAAGUUGAGACGAGGACAUAGUUAUUCGCGCUCACCAGUCAGGUCACGGUCACCUCGCCGUGGCAGAAGCCGGGAUCGAAGUUACAGCCGAGACCGCAGCUACAGCCGAUCAAUAUCCCCUAUCAGAAGUCCGGUUCGUGAAGAUAGAUCAGAGUCUCCUCGCUACAGAAGCCCUCUCCCCAAAAGUAGUGCUCAGUCUUCCAAGACAAGGAAGCAUAGUCCAUCACCUGACCAGAGCAGCCCACUGAAGAGAGGUUACACAUCUGGUAAUGAUAGGCUUGAUGGGUCUGACUACAGUGAUGGUCCUAGAGGAAAGAGUAGAAGCCCUGCAAGGGACCCUGAAGAUAUGGGCUAUGAUAGCCCUAAAAUUAAUGGCCGCAGCCCUAGUCGUAGCCCUAGGGAGGAUGAUAGGAGCCCCAUUGAUGAUGAUGAUGAUAACAACAACCGCCACUCACCUAGAGGCAGCGAGUCACCUUAAAAUGUGUACUUUUCUGAGAAAUGAACUCAUUACGCGGGGUAGGAUUUAUCUGCUUUGGUUAUCAAUUGCACUUCAUCUAUUUGCCAUAGAAACCUAUGUGAAAUUCAUGUUUAUGUUAUGAAGAACGGUUUUAUGUAUGUUAUUUUUCAGAUUCUUGUUUAAACCAAUGUGAAUUAUCGUGAGAAAUUUAAGUCGAGCGUGUUUAGAAUCUUUUUAACUCAUAA